CACUACUCUGCUUCUUCUGGUAGUGAGGUUUUUCAUUUUCUUUUUUCAAGAGAAAGGGGAAGAAAAAUGCCUGCUUGGUGGGGGAAAAAAUCCACAAAAUCCAAAGACCCACAAAACAAUUCACAGAAUUCUUCAGGCAGCAACAACAACAAAGCAACUUCAAUCAAGAAUGACAAGAGAAGGGUUGGGAGAACAAAGGAUCAAGGCAGUGAUAAUAGUCCUAGCAGCAAGGAUAAUAGGCCCAGGAGUUUUGAUGAGGUUUCUGGGAUAGAUUUUGCAAGAACUUCUCCAAGAAAAAGCCCUGAUUUUGGUGGUGGCUCAUCUGGGUUUUCUGGGUUUGAUUCAUCUUCAUCUUUGGAUAGAGUUUAUCCGCUUCCACGACCAUCAGUUUCUUCAAAUGAUCAGAGUCAUGGUGGUGGUGUUGGUGGGGUGGUUGGAUUGGGUUUGGGAUUGGGAUCUGCCUCUCUUUCUGGUUCUAGUGUUAGCUCGUCUGCCUCCUCUGAUGAUCACUCCAAUCUUGAUCAUGGUCAAAUGGGUUUUUUCAGAGGACAAGGGGAUGGAAAGUUAAGUCAGCUACCAAGUCCGGGCCCUGCAUCAAGGGGAGGCACUACCACCACAUCACCUCUUCAUCCACGACUUUCCGGUUUAAGUUUGGAUUCGCCCACAGGCAGACUGGAAGAUGGGAGAGGUGAAUGUCACCGGCUGCCACUUCCACCUGGUUCUCCAACUAGUCCUUCUGCAUUGCCAAUGCCAAGAACUUCUGGAGUGACUGAAUGCUCAAGUAAUAACUUGUCAAAAUGGAAGAAAGGAAGACUUCUUGGAAGAGGCACUUUUGGGCAUGUUUAUGUUGGAUUUAAUAGUGAGAAUGGGCAAAUGUGUGCAAUAAAAGAAGUGCGAGUUGUUGCUGACGAUCAGUCAUCAAAAGAAUGUCUCAAGCAAUUAAACCAGGAGAUCAUGUUGCUGAGUCAACUUUCACAUCCAAACAUUGUCCAAUAUAUUGGAAGUGAGUUGGGUGAAGAAACAUUGUCAGUUUACUUGGAGUAUGUCUCUGGGGGUUCCAUCCACAAAUUACUGCAGGAAUAUGGACCAUUCAGGGAGCCUGUUAUUCAGAACUAUGUUAGGCAAAUCCUUUCUGGACUUGCCUAUCUGCAUGGAAGAAAUACAGUGCACAGAGAUAUUAAAGGAGCGAACAUAUUAGUAGAUCCUAAUGGUGAUGUUAAGCUUGCAGAUUUUGGCAUGGCCAAACAUAUAACGUCUGCUUCUUCGAUGUUGUCCUUCAAAGGAAGUCCUUACUGGAUGGCACCUGAGGUUGUUAUGAACAUAAAUGGUUACAGCCUUGCAGUUGACAUUUGGAGCUUAGGAUGUACAGUUCUUGAAAUGGCCACAUUAAAACCACCUUGGAGCCAAUAUGAAGGGGUAGCUGCAAUAUUUAAAAUUGGAAACAGCAAAGAUAUGCCAGAAAUUCCAGAUCAUCUGUCUAAUGAUGCAAAAAGUUUCAUAAGGUCAUGCUUGCAGCGGGAACCCAGUCAACGUCCCACAGCUGUACAACUAUUAGAGCACCCUUUUGUUAGAGAUCAAGCUAUACCUAGAGUUUCAAAUGUGAACAUAACUAAGCAAGCCUUUCCUCAGGCCUUUGAUGGAAGCCGCACUCCGACUGCCCUUGAAUUGCGUGGAAGCCGAAGCAAUAUUAGUCCUGAAGAUUAUACAUCAAGACAAGUUCUCACUGUCUCAAGAGUAAAUAUCAGCCCAAGGGAAAAUGCAAGAACAAUAACAUCCUUACCAGUAUCUCCAUGUUCAAGUCCAUUACGUCAAAAUGGUGGAUCAUAUAGGAGUUUUCUUUCUCCUACACACCCAUCUUAUGCUUUUGCUGGUCAAAGCACAUAUACAUCAAACGAUUACUCGAUGUUCCCCAUGAGGCCUAACUCAAGAAACAUUCUUGAGCCAUGGAAUGAAGCCCCUCAAUUUAGAGCUCAGACACCUGGUAGAACGAUAAGAACGCGACCGAUUUUGUAGAAUUGCGCGCAACCAGAGACUUUUGCCUUCCUAAGCAUGCCCGAUGCAGUCAAGAAUGUGCGUCUUGGAAAGGGAAGAGGUUGGGGAGUCUCUCAUAUGAAUUGGUUAGUGGAAUGAGAGAAUUGUAGUUUUGGGAGUUGUUUGUAUCUCUAUCACUGAUAGCAAAGUUAAAGAACAUAUAUUGGGGUGCCAGGACCUUUCGUCUGCAGGGUGGGGAUAGUGAUGAUUCAACAAUCUUUUGUUCUUGAAUACAAUGUAAAUAAAAGGCCGCUAUAGUGUUUAAUCUCUGUUGUAUAUUCCUCUCUCGAGCCAUAUUAAAUUGCUGGCUGAAAUUUCUUGUACGGAUCCCUUUGACAUAGUUUUCAUCAUAGGGUCAGAAUGAGAGAUGGAUACUUUCUUUGCCUUUUU